UGUGUAAAACAACAAUGCCCUCCCUCAAAGUACCCAUUGUGUAGACAGGAAAAUCCUCAACUACGAAGUCUCUGAUUCUCAACAGAGGUACGCUCCAUAGAGUAAUUCGUCCUUUCUCUUAAGCGAUGCUGAAUCAAACCUCAGUCACUGCAUUUCUCCUCCUGGGAGUCACAGACAUCCAAGCACUGCAGCCUUAUCUCUUCGUGGUUUUCCUUGCAAUUUACGUGGUCAGUGUGGUUGGCAAUGGAGCAGUCCUCCUGGUUGUCGUCUCUGAUCCAAGACUCCAUUUACCCAUGUAUUUCUUCCUGGGAAAUCUGUCGUGUCUAGAUAUCUGCUACUCCACGGUGACACUGCCAAAGAUGCUGGAGAACUUCUUCUCUACACACAAGGCAAUUUCCUUCUUGGGAUGCAUAAGCCAGCUUCACUUCUUCCACUUCCUGGGCAGCACGGAGGCCAUGCUGUUGGCCGUGAUGGCCUUUGACCGCUUCGUGGCCAUCUGCAGGCCACUGCAUUACUCUGUCAUCAUGAAUUACCAGCUCUGUACCCAGAUGGCUGUCACGGUCUGGACCAUUGGUUUUCUCCAUGCCCUGUUGCACUCUAUGAUGACCUCUCGCUUGAACUUCUGUGGUUCUCAUCAGAUCCAUCACUUCUUCUGUGAUGUCAAGCCUUUGCUGGAGUUGGCCUGCGGGAACACGGAGCUCAACCGGUGGCUUCUCAACACGGUUACCGGGACCAUUGCCAUGGGCCCCUUCUUCCUAACACUUCUCUCCUACUUCUCCAUAAUCAUCUCUCUUUUCUCCAAGACCCACUCCUGUAGUGCGCUCCACAAAGCACUGUCCACGUGUGCCUCUCACUUCAUGGUGGUCAUUCUUUUCUAUGCUCCUGUUAUCUUCAUUUACAUCCGCCCAGUCUCAAGCAGCUCCAUGGACCAGGACCAGAUCGCUGCCAUCAUGUACACUGUGGUCACUCCUAUGCUGAACCCACUGAUCUAUACACUGAGGAACAAGGACGUGAAGGCUGCCUUGAGUAGUAUCUUCACAAGGAGGGGUGAACUGAACAUACCUAGAGCACACUUCUAA